AUGCUUUCAACUUUAAGCUUUCAAAUCGAACCUCUAGCGUAUUUGGCCAAGUGUUACUGUAAGUAAUAGUAGAUGUAAAGUAAGAUUUUGGCCUCAGAACAUUCGGCACAUUUGUUUUUCCCGUUUUGUUGCAAAAUUAGGCUUCCAGUUCACCUCGUCCUCUUCAGUACCGUACUCAUUUUGGCGAGUUGUGGCGUGUGCGACACCUCUUCCUCGUCGCCCUCCGUUUCCGAUCAAUUCGAGGUCGCCGACGCAUGGUACGUGGAUUCACGACUACUGUAGCUCCGCCCAUUUUUCAGUGAUGCUCAAUUGUCGAGUCGCGACUCGUCCGGAUUCGAUAUAAAUCCAGCGCUCUCACCGGUUUUCGGCAAGGGCGCCAUGGAGAGGUACGGUGGCCGCCGACCAACUUUUCUCCGUUCCGGGGCCUAACUUUUUCUCUUCCAGCUCGUCCGGCGGCUUCGAUUGGAACGUGUUCGGAGACAAAGAGCAGCUCAGCUGGUGGAAGUGCGUUUGGCGUGAGCAUUUUGCGAAAAAAACGGAAACGCUCUUCUUUCAGCGUCAAAAUUCUUGGAGUUGGUGGAGCGGGCGCCGGAAAUAGUCACACAAUUUGA